GGAUCUAUGCGUUGGGUGCGUGCGUGUGUAGGGGUGUGUACACAUGAAGAAGCCUGAUGACGGUGUAAAGACCAGAAAAGAUGAAGGAGAAUGACAGCAUUUCUGAUUCCUGCUCGGAGCUUUAUUCGACCUCUUUCAGCCCUGAACAUCUGGAUCGCAACGUGCCUUUGUGCCAGCGACCAAUUAGGGAACGAUAAAUUAAUUAAUGCUUGUGAAGAUCUGAACAUGUGCCAAGCCGUCAGCAUUCCUAGUGUGCUGGAGAGACAGUUAAGUUAAUAAUCCAUUUUAUUUAUCAGUCUAAAGGGCUUUCAUCGCGUAUUUUCUGACGAAGGGAGGGUAUCUGGAGCUCGGAGCGCGUUAAGUGAGCGCGCCUGCAGCAGCAAUCCAACAAGUGGACGCGUGGCUUUGCUGGAAGCAGAUUUAAAACCAGGCAAUCAGGUGAUAUGUGACCUGCAGUUUUGAAACGUUUUAAAUCAGGAAGCAACACCCUCCGCUACUUAACGUGGAGCUCGUCCUAACCAAUCGUAGUGCAAAGCAAUUUGCGCGCAAUGUGCACUUUUCAAAAGGCUGCUGUGUUGUUUUGAACGCGUGCAACUGAACUGCAAUGAGGUGAGACUCCCUCUGCUUUUCUUCUGCUCUUCAUUCAUGGACCGAAAGGAAGCGUGAAGCGAACGCGCUGCGGAUUUCACCGCAUCUCCCAGUUCACCACCCAUGCUCUCCAUCCAUGAGCACGCCGCUCCGUUCCCUCGGUGACCGCAGGGGGAAGUUGGAAUCAAAUCUGUAGACAUUUCUUUAUGACGAGGUUGGAGGUGGGAGACACAGAUUGCAGUCAUGCCGAUGCACCCAGUCACCUCCACGUUGAUGUACCGGGGCAUCUGCACCAUCCCCGACAUCCUCUCCUACAGCGCCCCGGUGAACCUGCCCGAAGACGAGGUUGAAGAAAUCCGCGAGGCCUUCAAGGUUUUUGAUCGUGAUGGAAAUGGGUUUAUCUCGAAGCAAGAGCUGGGAAUGGCCAUGCGUUCUCUGGGCUACAUGCCAAAUGAGGUGGAGCUGGAAGUCAUCAUCCAGAGACUUGACAUGGAUGGUGACGGCCAGGUGGACUUUGAGGAGUUUGUUACUCUUUUGGGUCCAAAGCUGACAGCGGCCGGGAUGCCAGACAAGUUCAACGGCACUGACUUUGACUCAGUUUUUUGGAAGUGUGACAUGCAGAAGUUGACAGUUGAGGAGCUGAAGAGGCUUUUGUAUGACACCUUCUGUGAUCACCUUUCCAUGAAAGACAUUGAGAACAUCAUUAUGACUGAAGAGAACCACAUAGAGAACCCAGAGGACUGCCAGGUCGACAUAGACAGCUCCAGCCCAACACAGCAAGUCAAGCAAACCUGUGUGCGCAAGAGCCUCAUAUGCGCCUUUGCCAUUGCUUUCAUCAUCAGCGUCAUGCUCAUUGCAGCCAAUCAAGUGCUGCGAAGUGGCAUGAAGUAAAGCCUGUGGAACUCUAGUGGCCUUGUUCUCCACCUAAUGGCUACUAUAAAAAAAGAAAAAAAAUAACAACUGAAGAGACAGUUAAAAGACUAUGAAAUGGACAUUCCAGAACUGCAAAACAUGCUAACAUGAUUGCAAAUUAAAUAAGGACACUCAAUGCUUGGAUUUGUCUUAGUUACAGACGAACAUAUCCUUUCAAAGACACAAGAAUAACAUAUUCAAAAAGACCAGUGUGUACUAUUGACAAUACAUAUCAAUCUUCACAAAACCUUGACUACUCAUCAGCUGCUUGCAUUGAGCAGAGUUACAUUCAGAGUUGUGUUCACUUUUGAGACAACUGUCUUGGCUGUCCUGUUUUGUAUUUGUCUAGUGUACCAUGUCGCUUGGCAUGAAGGGGGAAAAAAAACAUUAUCUAAGAGAAACCAUUGGAAUGUUUGCAGAAUUGUGUUACAGAGGUUCAACAAGAUUAAGAUGUGCAAGAUCUGAAGUGCAAGUUGCUGGUAGGUACAGCAUUGUUAAAAAACAGUAGGGAUUGAGAAACAUUUGGCAAGAGUCAAAGAUCACAAAGGGUUUGCUUUUAGUUGAUUGUGUGUAUGGUUUCAUUCAUUUACAGUCUGCUGGGGUUCAAUUUAAGCUCAUCAGAGCUGAUAUCAGCAGGUGAAGAUCUCAACAAGACAGAAUGUGACAGAAAAGUGACUGGUCAAAGAGGGAUGGGACACGCAGAAAACUCUUCACACGCUCUGAUUUGGAGACCUCAAAGGAGUACUAUCAUCUAUGCAUGAAAUGCAUGGAUUUAAACAGUUGUCUUGAUACAUUUGUAAAAGUUCUUAUUAAUGUAUGAAUCAUCAUCACUGUGUUGUUUUUAUUAAGGUAAAAACUGUGAGCAAGAUGUGUGGUAAAAGAUCUAGGUAGAUAAAAUUAAAGUAAAUUCAACUUCUAGACAACAAGUGGUUGCUUUUUCGAAAGGCAAACAAAUAUUUUGGAAUAGCUUAGCUACUAAUGUUUUCGCCUUGCCUGGCUCUCAGUCAUCUUUCUCCACCACAAAGCAACAAUUGUCUUAAAGAUAUAUCAGCUGUUAUGCAUCUAAGCCAAUCUGGCGUGUGGUUAGGAUUCAAAUAUGAACGAAUGUACUUAUUAUUUUUUUCUGUCUGUAUGCAGCAAUAACUACGUAAAAUAAAUUUUGUGUACUGCUGUGAACAAGCAGUUCUUCAGCUGUUACUGGAUCUACCUAUAGUAGAAAACUGUUGAAAAACUGGGGUUUGGCAAAAGAAUAAAUUAUUAAUCUCUCUACAUUUUAAUGAGAAUGGGUUUGAAAUAAGCAAAACAAGAUGUAAAAUAAUGCAAUAACAUAAAAAAAAUAGCACCACAUGCAUUAAAAGUGUAGAUUUGGAUUAAUGUGCAUGCAUUUAAUGAUGUCUGUUAGUCCGUAUUAGCAAUUGCAAGAGCUAAGGAUGCACUUAUUGCAUUUUAAAUUGCUCAGAGGCCACAUAGCAUAUAGAUUCAAUGUUUAAAUCAAGAUGUUCUGCAUUUUUCUUUAGAAAGGAAAGAUUUUGUUUUACCAUAAUUUAGAUAACAAAUCACAAAAAGGCUUAAAAGAGACAGAAAAUUAAAUGAAAUAUUUCCACUCUCUCCUCCAUUUUUGACUCCAUAAUGCAAAAAUCUGAAUUAUUUGCCUCCAGUGAUUAUAAUUAAUAAUCACUGGAUGAUAAUUAGGAUUGCUGAGUGACCACUCCAUGGACAGUGACAAAAUUAGACUAUUUUCUUGCCUGUACUGACGCAGUUGGAGCAGGAGUGGCCAGUCCAGUCCACAGCUGCCAUCCUGUGACUUUAGAUAAAUCCCUCCUCCAACGCGCCUGAAUCCAAUGAAUGGCUCAUUGACGGGUCUCUACAGAGCUGUAUGACAUACUGGUGAUGCCAACAAAACAAGAAAAAGCAACUUUAUAAGGAACAUGCUCAGAAAAAAAAAAAUCUAGAUCACUUACAACAUGUACCUUUGUUCUCAUUCAGCACUUUAAAGUGUGUUUCAACACACAACUCACAGUCAUGAUUGUUCAUCCAUUUCUUGGAAGAGUGUUAUCAUUAACAAACUUUAUCAUGGAUGUAUUUAUUUUUGAUAAGAAUGUGAUAAAACAGGUAUUAACUGAGGGCAAAUAAUAAGUCACCUUUUUUAGGAAGGGGUAAUUUUCUUGGAGUUUUAAACAUUUGAUCUGUUGCCUUAUUUUUGUUAACACUGGCAUUGUACAUACACAUAGAAAUCUGUUCUAUGUAUUACUUAUCAACAGAGCUAAUUAUAGAAAACUAUUUAUUUUACAUUAACAAAGAGUAACAAUAAAAGAAACUAUCCAAACUUGUUGCUAGCCUGCUACACUUUCUCUCCACUGUACUGUACUUUUGAUACGUGUCCUUGAAUAUUGCAAAAAUGUUUAUUGAGCGCAUAAUAUCUGUUCAUUGACUCAGAUGUUUUGUCUGUUGGGUGGUAUUUUGUAUUAAUAAGCCCAUACAACAUCUGUGUCUAUGUGAGGCAUGUGUGAAAUAAAUUUCAAUUUGCCAAAUG